CUGUGGUAGAGUAAGCCUACAACGAGAAAGAAAUUAAAUGUUAAGUUGUUUCUACUUACCUGGAGUUUGUAUUUCGGAUUCGAAACUAAUCGGUGACUAACCACUUCUAGGAAGGAAAACUUCUGUUUUGACAUUUCUCUGCACUCCAAUGUGAACUAUGUUUACAUUGGAAUCAAGAAACGUGUCUAAUAAGAAAAAAAACAUUGAGAACGGAAUCCAACUUGUGUCAAACUUGUAUGCAUUGAACGCUGCCCACAGAGGUGGAUUCUUCAGAUUCUCACUUGAGCCUGCAUGUAGAACGGAUGGAAAACGGAGAUAGCUAAGAAAGUAUUGGUGACUUUGCAGUUGCAACGAUAGAGAGCCGGUAAAGUUUGGUUGUAAUAGUGAGAUGGAAGUUCAAGCACUGUCUGAGAUGAGAUUGUGAGUGUGAGAUUUGGAAAAAUUGAGUGCGUGUGCGUGCAGUGAAUGAAGGUUGAAAAACUUCUUGAAAGCGGAGCAAGAUCAUUCUCCUAACCAUUGUUGCGACGAGUGGAUGUAUUUGAGUUUGCUCCGAGUGGACAUAUUUGAGUUUGUUCCGGGACAAAAUGGCGGACCAGCCGAACGAUGAAAUUUACCACAAUGGCGCAGCAGAGGCUCCUGGAAGGUGAGUAUUCGAACAAAUUUUGAUAAAACCGUGAGAUAGGAAGCUUGCGAAAGUACAAGCGUGUUUGAAAUGGAAAAAAAAAAACUUGCGAAAGAACAAGUUUGUGUAUAAAUUCAAAGCUUGCGAAAGUUCAAGCAUGUUCUAAUUGAAAAAAAACUUGCGAAAGGUCAAGUGGAGUUAACAUUAAGAGCUUGCGAAAGUCCAAGCGUGUUUUUGGAAUGGAACAACUUGCGAAAGAACAAGUUUGUCUAAAUUUAAAGCUUGUAAAAGUCAAUUUUGGGUCUAUUUUAAAAAACUUGCGAAAGGUCAAGUGGAGUUAACAUUAAGAGCUUGCGAAAGUUCAAGCGUGUUUUUGAAAUAAAAAAACUUGCGAAAGAACAAGUUCGUGUAUACAUUUAAAGCUUGCGAAAGUUCAAGCAUGUUCUAUUUUAUAACUUGCGAAAGGUCAAGUGGAUUUAGCAUUAUAAGCUUGCGCCAAUUUGCGUCUAAAGCUUGCGAAAGUUAAAAAUGUUUUUCGAAAGCUUGCAGAAGAUAAGUAAGCUUAAAAAGUUUAUUUUGCAUUUUCAGAUAUGUGAAACUGCGAAGAAAGAAGAAAAAGGCGACGAAGAAAGCGAAUGAACUUGAUAACAUGGCAAAAGAACUGGAAAAGGAGAAACAUGAAAAAGCAGAGAUGGCAGAACAACUGAAGAACCUACAAGCGGAGGUUGAAGCAAUGAAAGCGGCCAGAGCAGAGCACCCGAGACACGAAAAAGAAGUGGACGAUGGCAGCGUUGAUUUCGAAAUCGUACCGGCUUCUAGUACGCAUCGUCCAAAUAAGUCGAUGGCAAGUAAGGAAGAGUCCCGAUUUCUGUCUUCCGUUAAUCAGCUGUCGGUUUCGUCAAUAUCGGUGCCGGAAUGCAAACCGAUGGCAGGAGAAGACGAAAUACAUCGACAAACCUUCGAGAUGUGGAGAGACUUGUUGCUCGACUGUAUGGCUCUAGCGGGGAUAGAGGACGAAGCUACAAAAUUCACCGUUUUCAAGGUGAAGGCGGGACCACGCUUACUCGCGAUAUUCAAGAACACGAAAUCGGAUUCCGAAGCACCCGAUGUCAGCAUCAGUCCGUUUGAGAAUGCCAUGUAUCGACUGAAACUGUAUUUUGGAUCCAACUCUGAUGUGAUGUUUCAAAGAAGAAAACUUGCGCUAAUGGAACAAAAAGCAGAGGAAUCGGAUUUGGCGUUCAUCAUUCGAGUUGGUGACACGGCUCAACUCUGUGAUUUCGACAAGACCAAAGAGUUUGAGGAAAUUGCCAAGACUGUUGCCGAACACGCAAGAUGCAAGCAGGUGAGAGUGGCAGCGCUCAAAAUGGUAAGCCGAAAUGGAUCAUUUUCUGACUUGGUCGAUAAGGUUCGUGAAAUACAAGCAAUCCGCAUGAAUGAAGAAUUUUUCGCGGUUAAGCAUGGACCAUCUGGAUCAAUAGCGGAAACGGCAAUGGUAGCACCAGUGAGAGUUGAGUAUCCACGGCGUCCAUUGUCACAGCGGUAUGCACACAGGACUGACAACAGAUUUGCUCCAUACUCACGGCAAGAUUCACGAUACAACUCACGUAGUUACGGAGGUGGUUCACGGUUUGGACAACAGACGAAUACGCGUACAAACAGGAAUAAUACAAAGAGACGAAACGCAGAGGAUCGAAGCGAAGUCCAGCGAACUGACAGGUGCUGGAGGUGCCUCAGUUGCUUUCAUUCGGCAUCAGAAUGUAACUAUGCAAACCUCGUAUGCCGACGGUGCGGGAAAAUAGGGCACAUCCAGCGAGCCUGUAGCCCUUCCGCGAAUCCGAAUAUCAACCGGACAUCAGCCCAAGAAACUUUCGAACCCGAGGCGAAACAGAGCAGAAUCGACGCAGUGGAUGAUAAGGAUGCAAUCACGAAACCGACCGAACAAGUUAACGUAACGAUAAGAAAUGACAAGCGAGACGCAGAUCGAUACGUCAUAGCGACAGUUGGAACCAAUUUGGAGGAAGGUAUCAUCAGUGCUCGUGUGGCGGGCCUGGCAUGCGAUUUUCUUAUCGACUCUGGGGCACAGGUGAAUACUGUGGUUGAGAAUGUUUACGCGAUUCUGAAAAGGGACCAAAGGUAUGUUGAAACUAUAUACUGUUUCUGAGCAACCAGUAACCAUCAACUAUUUUCCAAGGUACAACAACGAAAUGUAUAACAUCAAAGAGGGUACAGACCGUUCCUUGAAAGCUUAUGCUUCAAAAGGUGAGCUUGAUGUUCUGGCCACUUUUGAAGCGUUUCUAUUCAUUUCUGAUGACCGGCCAGUACACCUUGAGAAAUUCUACGUGGUCAAGGACGCGAACCGCUCUUUGUUAGGUAGAUCAACAGCGUUACGAUAUAGUGUGCUGAUGUUGGGAUUUUGUGUACCGGUGAUUGAAGGGGAUGUCCAAGAUGAUCAGGGAGCAUCGUCAACGUUAGCGUCUCUCGUAAUCAGCGAACCUUUCCCGAAGUUCAACAUAGCUCCAGUGAAAAUCAACUACGACAAGUCGCGUCCGCCUUGCCGGAACAUAUUUUCCAAUAUCCCGCAGGCCAUCAAACCACUGGUGGAGAAAAGGCUCAAAGAACUAAUCGCAGAUGAUAUUAUUGAACCAGUGUGUGAAGGGAUGGAUGUCUCAUUUUGUUCUUCGAUGCUCGCCAUUCCUAAAGGAAAACACGAUAUCCGCCUGGUGAUAGAUCUGCGAGGCCCAAAUCAAUACAUACAGCGGACACCAUUUGCUAUGCCAACGCUGGAAUCUAUAAUGGCUGAACUACACGGUGCAAAAUGGUUUUCUACCAUUGACUUGGCUAAUGCUUUUUUUCAUAUCGAGUUAGAUAAGGAAUCAAGGCACCUCACGAAUUUUUACACUGAAUUUGGAUUAUUCAGAUGCGUACGCCUGCCAUUUGGAUUAUGUAAUGCGCCGGACAUAUUCCAAGAGGUGCUACAAAGAGUGAUCCUUGGAGGAUGUCUGGGAGUGAAAAACUACUUGGACGACGUGCUGGUAUUUGGGCCCACCAAAGAAGUACACGAUGCUCGCCUGGAAGAAGUUCUGAGUCGUCUACAGCAACACAAUGUCAAAUUGAACGACUCCAAAUGCGUAUUCAGCAGUCAAGCCGUGAAAUUUGUGGGGUUCGCAUUGUCUCACAAAGGGUGGAGUGUGACUGACGAGAAAAUGUCAGCAAUCCAAAGCUUCAGAACUCCAAUGUCAUGUGCGGAGGUCAAAAGCUUUUUGGGAUUGGUCACGUUUGCCGACAGAUUCAUUCAAGGAAGAGCCGAUUUGACGGUACACCUGCGGGCACUUGCAAAUUCUGACCGAUUCUACUGGACAGAACUGGAGGACAAUGAGUUCAACUAUCUACAAGACAACGCACUGAAGACCAUAAAGGUACUUGGCUACUACAGUCCAACAGAUGUGACCGAGCUGUAUGUUGAUGCCAGCCCCAUUGGAUUGGGGGCAGUUCUCGUUCAAUAUAACAGCGACAACGAACCACGUAUAAUAGCAUGUGCUUCUAAGGCACUCACCCCGACAGAGCAGAGGUAUCCUCAAACGCAACGAGAGGCAUUGGGCGUUGUUUGGGGGGUUGAGCGCUUUUGUUCAUACCUGCUGGGUCGAUCAUUUGUGAUUCGAACGGAUGCACAAGCCAACGAAUUUAUUUUCAGCACGACACAUAGACUUGGAAAAAGGGCAGUAACACGGGCAGAAUCCUGGGCACUACGCCUGCAACCGUACGACUUUGAAGUGAAAGGAGUAUGCGGUAAGCAAAACCUUGCUGAUUCGCUAUCUCGGUUGAUACACGAGUCGCAAAAGGCAGAACCAUUCGAGGAAGAUGAUACAGGGCACUUCCUUUAUUCGUUGGAUGAUUCAAUGAACCUCACAUGGGAGGAGAUUGAGAAGGAAUCAGAGGAUGACGAGGAACUGAAAAUGCUCCAUGAAGCUAUGCUUACGGAUAAUUGGCCAAAAGAACUACGCAAAUACGAAGCCCAAAAGAAGAAUAUCAGUUUUCUGGGUUUUCUGUUGUUCAAAGGGGACCGGGCAAUUCUCCCAAGUUCACUUCGAACAAAGGCGUUGCAAGCUGCACACGGUGGCCACGUUGGAGAAUCGGCGAUGAAGAAAAUUAUGCGGGAAUUUUUUUGGUGGCCCAACAUGUCCGUCGAUGCUGAAAAGUUUGUUAAAAACUGCGGAACGUGUGCAAUGUUGUCCAGAAAAAAUCCCCCAUUACCAUUGUCGUCGAGAGAACAACCGGAUGGGCCGUGGCAAAUCCUACAGGUCGAUUUCCUAACUCUUUCUGGUUGCGGAUCUGGCGAGUUUUUGGUCCUGGUGGAUAUUCAUUCCAGGUAUCUUUCUGUUAUCGAAAUGCGGAGUAAGGACGCGGAGAGUACGAAUGAAGCACUGUGUGAGAUUUUUAAGAUGUGGGGAUUACCCCUAAUUUUGCAGAGUGACAACGGUCCUCCAUUUCAAAGUACUGCCUUCACGCAGUUCUGGGAACAGAAAGGAGUUAAGGUGAGGAAAUCGAUACCACUGUGGCCCCAGUCAAAUGGAGCUAUUGAACGUCAGAACCAGGGGGUAAUAAAAGCAGUAGCUGCCGCUAAACUCGAAGGGAAAAACUGGAGGCAAUCUCUUCAGCAGUAUAUACACAAUCACAACACGCUGGUUCCACACUCCCGCCUGGGCGUUACCCCAUUUGAGCUCAUGGUAGGGUGGAAGUUUCGCGGAAACUUCCCCAGUUUGUGGAAAUCAAAUCAACAGGACCGAGAAGUGGACUACGAUGAUAUACGAGAAAGAGAUGCUGAAUCUAAACUGGUGAGCAAAAAACACUCGGAUGCGGCUCGUGGGGCAAAGGAUUCAUCUAUACAAAUCGGUGACACGGUACUAAUGGCACAACAACGAAAGUCAAAAAUGGAUCCCACGUUUGGAGAAGAACGGUUCAAAGUGGUGGCCAGACACGGAGCUAAAGUUGUUAUCCUGAGCAGGAGCGGUGUACAGUAUACCCGAAAUUUGCACGAUGUGAAACUAGCACCAACCGAAUACCAUCUCGACGGAUUUGAUCACGGGGACAAUACAAGUGGUCCGUCACAACCUUCUUCGAGUGUUCCUUUGACAGCAGACGACGAUAAUCACCCGGAAAUAGAUGCAGCGGCGAGCCUUUCGUCAGGCAAUCGUGAAAUUCUUGAAAGGCCUGUACUUCGGGACCGUUCAACAGUAAAAAGACCAGCGCGAUUCGAUGGUCGUUUCGUAUACACCGUGUACGACUAGAGUAGAGGCAGGAGCGAAUGUGGUAGAGUAAGCCUACAACGAGAAAGAAAUUAAAUGUUAAGUUGUUUCUACUUACCUGGAGUUUGUAUUUCGGAUUCGAAACUAAUCGGUGACUAACCACUUCUAGGAAGGAAAACUUCUGUUUUGACAUUUCUCUGCACUCCAAUGUGAACUAUGUUUACAUUGGAAUCAAGAAACGUGUCUAAUAAGAAAAAAAACAUUGAGAACGGAAUCCAACUUGUGUCAAACUUGUAUGCAUUGAACGCUGCCCACAGAGGUGGAUUCUUCAGAUUCUCACUUGAGCCUGCAUGUAGAACGGAUGGAAAACGGAGAUAGCUAAGAAAGUAUUGGUGACUUUGCAGUUGCAACGAUAGAGAGCCGGUAAAGUUUGGUUGUAAUAGUGAGAUGGAAGUUCAAGCACUGUCUGAGAUGAGAUUGUGAGUGUGAGAUUUGGAAAAAUUGAGUGCGUGUGCGUGCAGUGAAUGAAGGUUGAAAAACUUCUUGAAAGCGGAGCAAGAUCAUUCUCCUAACCAUUGUUGCGACGAGUGGAUGUAUUUGAGUUUGCUCCGAGUGGACAUAUUUGAGUUUGUUCCGGGACAAAAUGGCGGACCAGCCGAACGAAGAAAUUU